AUGUCUCACACGAACCCCCAUGAUCACGACCACGACCACGUCCAUGGCCAUGGACACGGCGGCCAUUCCCAUGACACCGGAUUCUCAGCUGCUGAACAUGGCCAUUCUCACGAGAUCCUCGACGGUCCCGGAAGCUAUCUAGCCCGUGAGAUGCCCAUCGUCGAAGGCAGAGACUGGAAGGAAAGGGCCUUUACCGUUGGCAUUGGCGGCCCCGUUGGCUCGGGUAAAACUGCGCUCAUGCUUGCUCUCUGCCUGGCCCUACGCGACAAAUACUCCAUUGCCGCCGUAACCAAUGAUAUCUUCACCCGUGAGGACGCCGAAUUCCUCACGCGGCACGCUGCCCUUCCUGCCCCUCGUAUCCGAGCUAUCGAGACAGGUGGCUGCCCCCAUGCUGCCGUCAGAGAAGACAUCUCUGCCAACCUUGCUGCCCUGGAAGAUCUCCAGCAGGAAUUCACCGCCGACCUCCUCCUAAUCGAGUCGGGAGGUGAUAACUUAGCGGCUAACUACUCUCGAGAACUUGCCGACUUCAUCAUCUACGUCAUUGAUGUUAUUAACAAGACUGAUAUAGCUGAGGCUAUCGGUGCUGAUCUUGACGUUAUGGACCGGGACGCUAGAAAGAUGAGGGAUGGCGGGCCUACCUUGUUCUGCCAAGUAAAGAAGGGCAAGGGAGUGGAUCACGUUGUCAACUUGAUUCUUAGUGCUUGGAGGGCCAGCGGCGCCGAAGCCGUAUCUAAAUCCCGGGGCGGCCCCAAGCCGACUGAGGGCCUUGACGCUCUCAAGACUGCUUGA